AGUGGGAAUAGGCAGAGAGAGAGAGAGAGAGCAAUGUUGUGAAGAUAUUAUGUAAAUGCAUCAAAACAAAACACAAAUUGAGAUCGGAAAACAAAACUCUUCCGAUUACAGAGCUUAUUAUUAUUCAAUAAACCAAAACCAUAAAAUCUCAUACAUUCAAAGCCAAACAGCCACAGCCCCUUACAAAAGACCCUCCCACACCCAAUCCCACUCUCCUUCGCACCCGCAAUCCCCAGCCCCUUCCAAACCCCGCCACGUCACCACUACCCACCCCUUCGCUUCCCUCUCCGCCGCCCCCCUCCGCCGCCACCUCCGCCACCUCCUCCUCCUCUCCCUCCCCUUCUUUUACUUCCUCCACCUUCUCUCCGCCUUCGCCUUCUCCGCCGCGCUCCUCUUGUCGCUCAGCCUCGCCGGGCCGCGCCUCCCCUCGCUCGGCCUCUUCCUCUCGCGCUUUCUCUCCCUCAAGCCCAAGGCCCGCCCCGUGCUGCCUCUGUUCUGGACGCUGGGGACCCGGGCCGAGACGGGCCAGACCCAUGGGCUUUGGGUGGUGGCGUACUCGAACGGGGACGUGUACGAGGGGGAGUUUGAGAAGGGGAAGUGUUGGGGGAGUGGGGUUUAUUACUACAGCAUGAGUGGGAGGUACGAAGGGGAUUGGGUGGAUGGGAAGUACGAUGGGUUUGGGGUGGAGAUGUGGGCCCGGGGGAGCCGUUAUCGUGGGCAGUACCGCCAUGGGCUCCGCCAUGGGUUUGGGGUUUAUAGGUUUUACAGUGGAGAUGUUUAUGCUGGAGAAUGGGCCAAUGGACAGAGCCAUGGGUGUGGGGUUCACACGUGCGAGGAUGGGAGUAGGUAUGUUGGGGAGUUCAAGUGGGGGGUUAAGCAUGCCCUUGGACAUUACCAUUUUAGAAAUGGGGAUACGUAUGCUGGUGAAUACUUUGCAGACAAGAUGCAUGGAUUUGGGGUAUAUAGUUUCGCAAAUGGCCAUCAUUAUGAAGGAACCUGGCAUGAAGGCAAAAGGCAAGGUCUUGGAAUGUAUACAUUUAGAAAUGGAGAAAUCCAAUCUGGCCAUUGGAAGGAUGGAGUCCUUGACAUUCCGAGCACACAGCAUGCCACCUAUCCUGUUUCUCCUGUUGGUGUCAAUCAUUCCAAAGUACUUAAUGCAGUGCAGGAAGCAAGAAGAGCAGCUGAAAAGGCCUAUGAUGUGGCCAAGGUAGAUGAAAGGGUCAAUAGAGCAGUAGCUGCCGCUAAUAGAGCAGCCAAUGCAGCUAGAGUAGCUGCUGUAAAGGCUGUCCAAAAGCAAAUGCAUCCUAAUGUUAAUGGUGAGAGCAUCCAAAUCCCGGCUGUGUGAACUUUUGUUUAGUAGUGAUGCAAAAGAUUUCAUGGAGAGGUUGAUUUAUUGAAUUGCUUCAUGUACACUGUCAUCAUCACCACUGGCUGAAAGCAAGCAGAUUUAUUAUCCAUCUGCCAUAAGUCUUGUAUAGAGGGAUGAAAGGUGAUGGCUUCCAUAUGGUAAAAAAAUAAUGCAUAGGUAUAUAUUUUUAACUUUGCCUGUAAAUUUAUGAUAGAUGUAAAUGGUGGUUUGUGGGUGAAACCUCAACCCAGCUACUGUUGUAAGAUCGCUUGUGAAAAUAAAAUAAGGAGAGAAACUUAUAGCAGAAAAUGUUCUAUUUCCCCAACUUGAUAUCUGCUUUCAGACUUUGGAAUGAGAUACGUUUUAUGUUACCUGUAAACUAGAGUUUUCCAUUGGUUUCAUUCGGCACUGUAUACUGUAAAAUUGAAUGUUAGUGAUGCAAAUGCUAACCAGUACCUUCAGGAUAUUGGUUGAAAAAUCAAAAGUAGAAAGUACUACUAAUACAUUCAGAUUACUGGUUAAAGAAUAAAAAAUAUAUAAUAUUACUAAUGCACU